CGUCCCCACCCUCCUGCACCGCGCAACCGCCCUCACGGCCAAGCCCUUCGCAUCGGGAAUCCCGUGAGCACAGCAGUGUCCGCGCCCCCGGUACCCCUCCUGCCGCCGCCGCCCGCCGCGACCAACGCAGCUCCGGCACCAACUUUCCUCGCGCGGAGGAGCGGAGCGGAGCGCAGCAUCCAUUCCCCUCCCCACCCCGGGGAGGGGCGGCCCGGGGUCGGCCAUGCUGGGCCCGGCGGUGCGCCUGGCUCUGGGCGCGGGGGAGCUGGGGCUGCCGGCCCGGUUGCCGGCCAUGCUCUGGCCCGCGGUACUGCUGGGGGCGGCUGCGGCCGCGCUCAUCGUCCUGCGGGGGCUGAGACGGGGCCGGGCUGCGACGGAGCCCCGCCGCCUCCGCCGGGACAACGGGGGGGCGCGGGGGCAGGAGGACGAGGAUGGCCCCCGCCGGGCGGCCGGGGCGCUACCGGAGCGGCAGCCGGAGGAACAAAGGCGCACGGCGCAGGUUCCAGUGAAUGGUGAAAUUAUAACAUCAGUCAACAUCAACGAGAAAAAGCUUGUCAAGCCUAAGAAGAAGAGGAAAGCCCAGUGCUCAGAUAAGAAGGUGCCAAAAGACCUGCUUUCUGCAGAAAAAGACAAACUGCAAGAGGAGGAAGGAGUUUGGCAGACCAAGAUCAGCAGCCGAGAAAAGAGACACUUAAGGAAGGAAAGGCUGAAACAAAAAGAAGACCCCAGCAGAGCAUCUUUGGGUAGCUUGGUGGCUGAGCAAGCCUUUGACUGGGAUGAGAAGAGAGCGCUGUGGCCACUCACGGAGGACGCCAGCGGUGGUGGAAAAGGUGCUGUCAUUGCCAAAGCAGAGUGUGGGACUGCACUGAAAGUGUCAGGAGCCAUACCGGAAGAAUCGGCGCUCUCCCUGGCAGAAGAGGAUGUUUUCUCCAAUGUAGGAACAUGGGAUAUUGCAGAAGUGAAAUCCUGUCCUGUGACCUUUGGGACAUUAUCAGACCUGUCCAGGGAGUUAGAUAACGUGAAGAAUAAAUCAUCUGAGGCCAGUCCUUCCAGAUGCUGUUGGCACACCAGCUCGAGUUUCCUCCCCACAGACAAUGCAUGGCAGGGGCAGGAUGAUCCUUCAGCUAUUGACCUAGACUCUGACUGGAAGGCUCCCUUGGAAGAGUGGGGAAACUGGACAGGAGAUGAGGAGCACCAGAUGGGGGAUGAGAAGGAGAAGGAUUUGCUGAAAAGCGAAGCAUUCAUUCAUUUCUGCCUUUCUGGACUCAAAAGCAAAAUGCAGCAGCAGCAGAAGAAAAUGGAAGUGAAGAAAGCAAAGGAUGGAGCAGGACUGAGGCUUCCCCAGCCAGGUUUGGAAACAAGAAUGGAAAAAGGCCCAAGGGACUUUUUAUCCAGAAAGCAUAGCGGUCAUGCAGUCUGUGCUUCCUUCAAAAACUCCUUGGAUGUUGCUAUUAAUUCACCCAGUAAUGGUGUACCUGGAAAAAAGGAGAGGAGGAAGAGGAAGAAAAUGAAGAAAGAGACUUGAAGGAGCUGCGCAGCUGCCAGAGUGAAAACACAAUGGGGCAGGCAUGCUAGUGAGCUGCAAGGAUUCUGCUUUCUGUGGUGCUGCACUGAGUCCAAAGCAAAGAGAGGCUCUAGGAGACCUCCCAGGGAGAGAAAGAGGAGAAGAGGAGCAGUGACCCAGAGAGCGUGAGUGAGUGAGAGAACGGAGAGAAUGCGCACACUGUGCACAGGAGGUGGCAUUGGAACGGAGUAGCUGUUCAUUUACCAACUGCUGCCCUUGGUUAAAAGCUGUUGAAUGGGGUUUGACUGGUUGCAUUAAGUCCUUUCAGUUUUUCACUGUCA